CAGUUCGUAGGAGUAAAGUCCCUUGGAUUUACGUGCAUGCAAUUAUAAUAUCGUCUGAAAUCCAGUAUUUGGGUGUAAAAUGGGAGGUUUUAAGUGUGAUCAUCUGCUAAAAAGGAGUGAUAAAAAGCAAGUUGAUAAAGGGGAGUACGAGUUAGCUGCCAACCAAAGUCCAGACCUGAACGAGUCCGACUCUGUCAGCGAUGAUAGCGUCGACUAUGCCCGCGGUGUGUGGAACAGGAAAAUUGAGUUUAUACUUUCGGUGGUGGGCUAUUCUGUGGGCGUGGGGAACUUGUGGAGAUUUCCAUAUUUGGUUAUGCAGAAUGGUGGAGGUGCAUUUUUGAUACCUUUCUUCUUCUUCCUAAUAUUCUGUGGAGUACCUCUGUUUUACCUUGAAUUAUGCUUAGGACAGUUCUCUGGAAUAAGCUGCCUGUAUGUGUGGAAAUUUUGUCCUCUGUUCAAAGGUAUUGGUUACAUGAUGUUGGUGGUAUCAUUCGUAUACUGCUGGUAUUACAUCAUGGUGAUGGUCUGGGUGAUGGUAUACUUUGUUCAGUCCUUCAGUGCGGAGCUGCCGUGGGGCAAGUGUGGGCAAUGGUGGAACACGGACUCCUGCAUUACCGGGCUUGAUACCCUAAGUCAGCAAUGUGGCGCAAACUGUACAACAAACUCAACAUUUAUCAAAGUGAAUGCGUCAGAUUUGGGGAGAACGGCUAGUAAAGAAUUUGGCAGUAAUCGAUAUGUGUUACACAAGUCUACUGGUCUUGAAGACGUGGGUACAAUACAAUGGCAUCUAGCAGUGGCCCUUAUUGUGGCCUGGGUGGUUAUAUUCUUGUGUUUAAUGAAGGGGAUCAAGUCUGUGGGGAAAGUGGUGUACGUUACAGCUGUAUUACCAUAUAUUCUUCUCACAGUGUUUCUAGUGAAAGGGCUAACUCUACCAGGAGCUAUAGAUGGCAUCACAUAUUAUGUCAAACCUGAUUUUUCUAUCCUCAAAGAUGGUCAGGUGUGGCUUCAAGCGGCAGUGCAGGUGUUUUACUCUCUGGGACCUGCCUGGGGAGGUUUGAUCACCAUGGCUAGCUACAACAAGUUCAAUAAUAACUGUUUAAGGGAUGCAUUGAUAUGUGCUGCAGCAGACGGAUUUACAAGUUUCUACGGUGGUUUUGUUAUCUUCUCUGUGAUUGGUUAUAUAGCAAAGGAGGCAAAUAUGGACAUAAAAGAUGUAGCUACCUCAGGUCCUGGCCUAGCUCUAGUCAUUUACCCUGAAGCAAUAACAAAGUUACCUAUACCUCAACUCUGGUCAGCUCUUUUCUUUCUAAUGCUAAUAUCACUAGGUAUUGAUAGUCAGUUUGGUGUGUUCGAAACACUGUCAAGCGGAUUUCUGGAUACAUUCCCGAAGUUAAGAAACCGUAAAGUAUUAGUGACAGGAUGUUUCUGCGUAAUUUUGUUACUGUUGGACUUACCAUACACUACAAAUUGUGGUAUAUAUCUAUAUCAGUUGGUAGACUGGUAUUUUGCAGCAUUCUGUGUGCUUAUUAUAUCUUUCCUGGAGUGUUUCCUCAUUGCCUGGGUAUAUGGUGCAGGAAGAUUUUGUAAAGAUAUCCAGCUGAUGAUAGGAAGAUCUCCGCCACUGUUCAUAAGGAUCUGUUGGUGUUUUGUCACCCCAGUUAUUUUACUUAUCACAUUUCUGGUGAUGUGCUACCAGUAUGUGCCACCAGACUAUGACGGGUACAAAUAUCCAGUGUUUGCCAAAGUAUUAGGGAACAUUCUCGCCAUGAUCCCAAUCAUUCCAUUACCGGUUGUCAUGAUUUAUCAAAUAUGGCAAGCCAAGGGCUCAUUUAAAGAGCGUAUUUUAUUCCUGUUAAAACCAGCAUCUGAUUGGGGACCCCAUUUGUCACAGUAUAAAGAGGGAUAUACGGAACUUCAUACAAAAUCCACAGACGGGUUUUUACAUCUCGUAAAACAGAAUCUAUUGGGAGAACAAACAAUUUAGUGACCAUGAAUGCUUGAGAAAUUCAGCCAUAAUAAAGACAACUUGAAUUUUUUUAUAUGCGAUUUGAGACAAAUGCUUGGUUUUUGCAGUAAAAACAUUUUUUGUCACAAUGGGCAGAUUUAAUCUUGACCUAUUUUUAGCACUUAAUUUGUUGAUAUAGAGAUCUUAUAAGCAUCUGAAUGAGCUGGAGGAAAGAAAUCUUUCUCAAUAUUUUGCUUAUUAAAUUUAUAUAAGAUGAAUGAAAGGAAAUGGUGACAAAGUUGACCAACUGUUGAUAUCUUAGUAAAGCCAUUUUUAAAAAACAA